AUGGAAAUUCUCCAACAAGUGCCAGUUCAUGCUCAAGACAUUGCAACUGAAGUCCUAGCAGUGAUGCAAAGCAAAGGCGUUAGCCAAGAGCUGAUAACUGGGCUUCGCCAAGACUCUGGAUUCAACAGAUUCUGUACUGAGUGAAUCCAGCAAAGAUGCAACUUUGAAAAUACUACUAAGCAGGAUUAUGAUAGAAAUCUGAUCAUGAAAUUAAUCAACAAAUUAAAGUUCAUGAAGAUAAAAUUAAUAGAAUCAAGCAGCCAUAUCUGAAAUGCUUUGAAAGUGAGGUAUAAAGAAGAAAGGAGACUUGAGUUACAACGAGGACACAUUUUAAUGACGGAGUGUUUUAACGCAAGGACAAAUUUUGUUAAUUUUGUUGAAAACUGUAAGGGCAGUAAAGAUGUGAGGAAUGAAUAAUGAAAUAAGAUUGAGCCAAUUGGUCCAAAUGAACUUGAAACCUCUGAUUCAGUCAAAUUAUCAUUUCUGAAAGGGAUAAACAUUAGCAUCCAUUAAUUUAUAAUUUAUCAAUGAUAUGUGAUAAAAGAAUUUUAAAAUCUUCAACAAGCUUGCUCAAGCUCCCUUUAUCAAACAAGUUGGUAGACUGUUGUGACAGCCUUCUGAAGGAAUCUUGAGAAGACACUCUUCCCAUAACAUUGGCUUAUAUCUCAACAGAUUCAAAAACUUAUUUUCAAGAGUUCAUGAAAGAUUUUGAUUCAGAAAAUUCUACAUCUCCCAAAGAAAUCUUAGAAAAAUCUUACGUGAAUCUGAAAAUACUAAAAUACUAAUUUUAGACGGAUGAAAACUAGAUCUAAGUUCUACUCCAGAUUUAUCAACAGCCCUGAAAAAUUAAUCACUCACUUCAGUUUACAUAUGUACGAAAGUUAAUAACUUUCGUCAAGACCAAGUAAUUAAGGAAAGGAACAUCGAUAGCCGGAUCAACGCAUUUACACAAGCUGAAGCUUAUG